UGGAGCGUUUCCUUUAACGCAACGAAGGGGGUGGGGUACCGGAAGCAGCUGCUGGAGCAGCCCACGAUGGCGGGAGCUUCAGCUUCAGGAGAGCGGCGGUUGCGCGGUCUGGAUAACGGAUCCUUGGAGAUAACACAGAGUAUGGAUGAUGACCCUCUACUUGAUGCACCACUUCUUCCACCCCAUAUGUUACAUUCCAGGCUACAUCCAGAGUUCCAUGCUAUACCUACAGUUUUCAUUGCCAAUGUUUUGUUGCUUUUGCAUGUUGCUUUUGUUAUUUUGGCAUUUGUGACAGGAAUGGUUUGUUCUUAUGCUGAUUCAAGUGAAGAUACGUGCCCUGAAAACUACACUUAUCCCUUUAAAGUGCAGACUGUUAUAGUGAUUGCCAAGGUAAUUCUCUGGAUUCUUCAUCUGUUCCUGGAACGAUACAUUUACUUUCAUCAUAGAAAAGUCAGAAGCAAAGGUUACCUCCACAUCUACCGAACCACAAGACAUCUUAAAAGGCUUCCCCUGCUAAUUCAAUCAACAGGCAAUGCGGCUUUACUGCUGAUAGUGUCAUUGCAACAUUCAUUUCCUAAUCACAAUAAAAUGUAUCUCUGCUUCAUCCUGGGAAUCUUGGGUGUGGAAUUGAUAUGUUCAUUGAUAUGUCUGGUUGUCUACACAGUGAAGGUAAGCAACUUUAAUCAAGCAAAGCCAAGACCUGAUAUAAUAGAAGAAGAGAAGAUGUAUUCUUAUCCUAAUCAAGUUACCUCAGAAGUUGGAUUCAGAGAAACCUCAAGUUUGGAAGAAAUAGUUGAAAAACAAGGUGAUGUGAUUGAAUACCUUCAGCGGCACAAUGCCCUGCUUAGCAAGAGACUAUUGGCAUUAACAUCUGAGCAGAACAGAAGCUAGUGGUGGCCAAGACAGCAGAGCAGAAGAAAAGCGUCUUCGGUAUUGAUUUAUUCUUGGAAAUGCAUCUUAUGCAAGUUGUACUGCAAAACUCCAGCCCAGGUUUGAAUAGCAGUUGGGCCACUCCUGGCUUACUGCAAAAGCUUCUUGUUUUUUAAAAGGACACAUACUUUUAAGUGGUUUUCUCUCCUAUAACUUUUGCAGUGCAGGAAGCAGGCACUGGAUAGGGAAAAUCUCUCUUUCUAUUUCAGUUGCAGAUUGUUCCUCCAAAGUGCCAAAGAUUUUUAUCGUAAUUCAGGAUUCAGUUCUUUUCAAAGCUACAACAAAGUAAACAUCCUCAUUUAAGUGUUAGUGUUCCUUACAUCUUUGUUGUUAUAAGUUGAACCAUUAGAUACAUCUCUAGAAGAAAUUAAGGACUAUUGGUAUCUCUGCUUUAUCAGAGCUGAAUAAAGUUACUGUGAGAAUAGUGAAGAAUCAUCUGGAAAACCACCUAAAAAAACUGCAGAAUCAAUGAGAUUCCAUUUGUAAAGUAUGGUGAUGACAGAAUAGAAUCCUGAAUGCAGGGGAGCAUCUGAAAGAGGAAGUUGAUGAUAUUCCACAUAAACUGGAAGGAUUGUAUGGGCAUAAUACAGGAAAUAUCAACUAAGCCUUUUAAAAUCAUGGAUAUCAAACUGAGGCCAAUGUUGCCUUUCUGGCUUGCUUAUGGAUGAGUCAGCAUCUUACAGUGAAAUGAACAAGAAAGGGAAAGUUGUGUCUGAAUAUAUUUUUAAAAUGUGUGGCUAUUAACAAGCUGCAUGUAACUCUUUGUAUCCUAAGGGUUUAUGAUGAGGUAUUGCUUAUAAUGUGAACAAACAUUAGUAUCUGGCUUUUAAGUUGUUCUUCUGAAGAGCUGCUACUUUAUUUUGAAAAGCUACUUCUUUAAGCCCAGCAUAUGGGAUGUUUAACUGAAAUCCUUCCCUCUUCCCCCUUUAAACUUAUCGUAGUCAGGCCUAUUAUGCUUAAUGAUUCCUUUUUACUCCCCCUAAAAGCUGUAGCAAUCUCAGCUUUCACAAAAUAUAUAGAUAAAAGCGUGGAGAUCCUAUUGAACUCAGUGAAAAUUAGUUGCUGGGAUCUGCUUGGCUAUGAAGUUUUUAGUUUCCUGUUUCGUUGUAAACAGACAGUUGCCUGCUCUGCCUCUGUGCUGCCAAUGAAGACUUUUUUUUUCUAUUCUCUGGACAGUAUUUCUACAGAAACGCAAAUUUUUAAACAAAUUGGAUAUUUCUGUGACCUUGUCUAGUGAAGAACAAAAGUACACAAUCCUGCUCACUGAGAUGUAUAUAUGUGUGUAUAUUGUAUAAAAUAACAUGAUAUUGCAACUGACUGCUUCUAACACUAAUACGUUCUUGUCUUUUAGGCUGUGUAUUAAGCACAGGUAGGAUUUUACAUGGAAGAUGAGCUUUCCUUUUAAAGGAUACUCAGAUUUCAAUGUAGUUUGUAUGUAAUGUGUUCUAUAUUUUGUCCUAAAUGUGGUAAGAUAAUAAAUGCAACAAAUUAA